CGGACAUUUGGCCAAUGGCCAUGCAGGUCUGAUAAGGCGAGCCAAGAGAGAUGUGCGCAGCACACUACAUCUGCUGCUGCUGGCCGAAAUACGAAAUAGGAGGAAGGGCACAGUGACAAUGUCAGCUGCUGGCUAAAAACGCCGAAAUAUGUCUAUUGAGAGAGCCCACAGCUGACCAACCACACCCAGAGGAUCAGGAGAUAGCGAGAGAUGAGUGUAAUCCAGCAGUGUCUGGAGCUCCACCUGCUGAGCAUGGGUGCGGGUGAACACAAGGGUGAUGCCAGGAGAGCUUGAAAGACAGCGAGGAAACAAGCCGCACUCCGUCCGGCAUCGCCUGUCCACGUCCCUUCAUCCUCUUCCCAGCUUGCGGAGCUGAUACCUCAGGUCGGACGGUCCCCACUUCUUCUUCUUCUUCUACUUCUCUGUCGCUGUUUCGGAUAGAGAAAUUUUACAGGUGAGGGACAGAACUGAAAGGAGCUGCAGUGUGUCCCAGCAGUGACACUUCUGUUAUUUUGGAGAGUUGAUAUUCAGAAUUCCUUUCAACCCACUGAAUCGAUUCCGGCUUCUUAUCUGCGGGACUGAGAAGGCUAAGAGGACUUGAUGGGAUUUUUGUUUGGGUCUGGUUUCAUCAUGCAACGGAGGGUUGUUUUGCUGAAAAUUUUCAGACAGGAUUGAGUCAAACUUCCCUGGAGCUGCGGGAAAGGGGUAACGCUACACUCAGACUUGGACAGAGGGCUUGGGAGGUAAGGGUACAACUGGACUGGGACAGAAGCAUUGGGAGGUAAGGGUACGACCAGACUGGGACAGUGGCAUUGGAGAGACAUCGGCUACAGUGCAUUGGUUUUUGGGUGGAUAGCAACAUGACUUGUCCCAACAGAGGAACAGUGACGUAUCAAGGUUUCACUUGAACGUCACUCCCAACCGCAACACAAACAACCAGAAGGACAUUUAAGGGUAUCCAUCAUCAAGCCAAACCCCAGCCAGUUGUCAGUUUGUCAGGGGUGGGCCUUUCAGGAAUCCACCCUUUUUUCCUCCACCUCCUCCUCGUCUUCCCAUCCUCUCCUUCUUUUUCUGCCCUGCUCCUCGCUACUUUGUUCCAUCCACAGAAGCCCCCUCCUCCGCUCUGCACCCCUCCCUCAGCGGUGCUCCGUCGCCCUGGGUGAGUGGGCAGGGGGGUGGCCCACGGUACCCCCCGACACCUGGACGCCACCGAGCCGCCAGAGGCUGGUGAGGGGGCGGCAGGGUCAGCGCUGGGAAGAUGGCCGCUCUCGCCAGCUCCCUAAUUCGCCAGCGCAGGGAGGUCAAGGACCCCCAGGCAAACCGGCAGAUCGCCAGCAAGCGCAAGCCUUGCCCAAAGAGCAACAAGUCGCUGUGCCAGAAGCAAAUCCUCAUAUUAAUAUCGAAGGUUCGACUAUGUGGCAGUCGAGGGAGAAAAAUGGAAAAAAGACCAGAGCCCCAGCUGAAGGGCAUCGUCACGCGGCUUUACUGCAGACACGGCUUCUACCUCCAGAUGCUGCCGGAUGGCACCAUGGAAGGCACAAAGGACGAAAGCAGCUCCUUCUUGCAGUUCAACUUGAUUCCUGUGGGGCUCAGGAUAGUGGCCAUCCAGAGCACCAAGACAGGGCUCUACGUUGCCAUGAACAGCGAGGGCUACCUCUACACUUCGGAACACUUCACGCCCGAGUGUAAGUUUAAGGAGUGCGUGUUCGAGAACUACUACGUCACCUACUCGUCCAUCCUGUACAGACAGACCCAGUCGGGCCGGGCGUGGUACAUCGGCAUCAACCGAGACGGACAGGUCAUGAAAGGGAACCGCGUGAAGAAGACGAAGGGAGCCGCGCACUUCCUGCCCAAACUCAUUGAAGUGGCCAUGUACAGGGAGCCCUCUCUACAUGACGUCGCUGAGCAGAGCCCGCCCAGGAAAACGCCCAAGACCUCCAGUGACUCGCCCGUGCUCCAGAACGGCAAGAAGGACCCUCAAUCCAAAACCAAAACCUCCACCUCCUAGCGCUCAGAGACACGGGUGGUGGGAGGAGAGGUGGAGGACACGGGGCACUGGGCACCAGCGGACACCUGAACUUGGUUGUUAGGGCUACCCCCCCACACACACACAUACACACACCUGCUGCCUGCAACACUGACCCCGCAAGAACUCCACGUACCACAAUCCACUUGUGUAAAGUUGGAGAUAAAGGAGCAGGUCCAUGCAGAGUGGAGCUGGCCAAUGGGAAGCCCCUUUUACCUUCACGGACCCCCAUCCACACCAGCCCUCCACCUUCUUAUUUAAUAACCUGUGAUUAUCAAAGCCUGGGAUAUAAAAGCAAUAACUCCAUGAAGAGGUGAACACUCGCCUAGCAUCUAUAGCAUGUCACCACAGUGUGUGUAACCCACUGGAAGGAAACCCCACAUGCAUCAGCGACGUCCUUCCAGUCAACCAAAUACCCGAGCAACGUCUUCCUGGUUUUACCACAACAUGCGCCGCCGUCAAGUCCGUCCCUCUGCAGCACGCGCUUCACAAAUGGGUUGUGUUUUCAUUUCCCCACAGGGUUCCAUGCUAAUGUUAGCCUGACACGGAGUCAUGCUAAUGCGACGCUGUCACAGAGACCCUUGCAGACUUUUGUUCUGCAGCCAUCUGCUCAGUCCACAUCUUCUGUGUGUGUCAGCGACUUUGUGAGAUGGCCUGGAUACUUGUCAGCCCUGCUUGUGUGUGUUUGUGCGUGCAUGUGUGUGAGUGCGUGCAGACAUCUGUGUGUGUGUGUGUGUGCGUGUGUUCCCUUUUUCUUCCAUUCACCUUUGGCGCGAUUUGAUUAGUUUGUGACAUGGACUCAAUUUUCCACUCUGCGGCACAAGAAAACCCCUCCCGUCCUCUGGCUCCGUUAAUGGAGUCUGGGGCUGAUCAGAAUCUCUCGACCCUUAAACGAGGGGCCAAGAGCUCCCUCGGCACACUGCGUAACCACACACACACACACACACACACACACACUCAUUAUUACACUGACAUUUACACACGCGCAAAGAGGUGUGCGUGCUGGGUGCACACACUUUAGCAUCUUGAUAUCCAUGAGUGACGACCGCAUACAAUUAUCUCACAACUUAACACACUUAACUCAAUGACAUGCAUUAACACACACACACACACACACACACAUACACACACUCUCCCAACUGCACAUGUUGAUGUAGUGGUGAGUGUGUGCAGGUUGUGGGAGAUGAUGAGGAUAUCAUCGGUGAGAUCGUGUACUGAUGGAGCCUGACUGUGUAGCUUGUGAUUGCACUGCAAUAGCUUGUUUCACUACGGCUGGCCAUGCAUUGCACAAACCCCAAAGGCCCACACAGAAUCUGUGGACCCUCUGUCACUCCUCCGACGUGGUAUUCUUGUCUGAAAAUACAGAAAAAAAAGGUGUUUUUGUUGAAUUAUUGUGUCCACCUUGAGCUACCAAAUUGUGAUGAAUUGAAAAUAUAUUUUCUUUGGGCUGCUGACACUACCCCAUCACUGUUCCAGCUACUGUGUACUAUAUGGUUAUGUAUAUGGGGUAUUUUUUAAAGGGUCACUCCACCCAUUUUAAAUGAUAGGUUAGUUCAAAGUCAUGUAGAGGACCCUUCAGCCGGAGAAAACAAUUUCAUAGUGUCUUCUGGACGAGCUCCGUCGAGGCCAUGUCCACACAUAUAUAUUUUUGAAACAAAGAACGAUCUGUCUGUCUGUGCUGAGUGUUUUAGCACCAUUUUAGAAAUAAUAUCCAUCCAUACUAACACACCUGUCCAUUCAUGUACACUGGGCAUGACUGUGCUGAUAUAAACAGGAAAAUUAUCAGUGUCAGUUAUUGUCUUUUUGAAUUAAGCCAAUAUAACAUCAAUUUGGUCAGCAUCAUGUGACAUAACAGGUACUCCUGUUAUCCGAGUACACAUGCCAUCGAUGCUACAUAUACUGAUGAAGCCCAGUUUGUAAGCAAAUGUGGCUGUGUCAUUUUAGAUUAAAACAGUUUUGACAUAGUAAUUUCAGAAGUUAGCAUGCUACCCAGCUACCAACACCAACACCCCCAUGGUUCUCCGAACUCCCAUUCCAUGCUACUGGCUGCAUGGCCAACUGAGCUAACUUGUUAUUGGCAGCUACAGUUGGCAGCAGCUAGCAUGAUAUGCUACCUCCUAUUUGUUGUGGAUAUGAAUUUGACUGGUGUUUGAUUCUUACAUAUUGUACCUUACCUAAGAAAUACCUGUGUUUGUGUGGACAGGGCCCACGUCUGACAGAGUUACACCAAUGACAUCACUUGGUCUUGAGUGAUAGGCGUUAAAGCCCAACUGAGAGACUGCAAUACAAACGGGAGCUGUGGAAUUCAGAACCACAAAGGCCUGAAACUGAGACCUAAACAAGACCCGAUCCAACUGAACCCAACUGGUAAUUAAUUUCUUUCUAAUGCCGCACCACCAGUUUCUUUUAUUUUCAAGCUUGUCGUCGUGAGCUCCAACUUAGAGUGACAGGAGUGACAUCACUUAACGUAGUCUGAAAUAAUUUGAUGUGUAAUAUCCCAUGCAUAUAUUACAUGAGACAGUUUAAGGAAAGAUGCCAUCACAAUGCAUCGUGGGGAAUGUAGGAUCCAGUGUUUUUUUUUUAUAGCUUGACCCAUACAGUUGACUAAAAAUCAGGCUUCUGCUGCUCCAAUUUUGAGCAUUCUUUUUUAAAAUCUGUCUCCUGCAAGUCCUCCAACUUUAUGGAAGUGCAAUACUAAAUGACUGAAGUGGUCCUUUAAAUCUUAAUCUACAUAUGGAUCUGUCGACUGACAGCAUGAAUCAAUUCCCUUAUAAGCGAAGAGUUUCGACUGCUUGCUACUGAGCAUCUCCAUUUUUUUUUAACUCCAUUCAGAUUUGUGUAUCUCUUUCUAAACAUGUUAAUAUGAAUUACUGUAAAUCUCUCCUGGAGACUUCGGUUACGAUGCAAAGGAAUUCAAGCCUUAUUUACAUGUCACUUCACUUGUUGCGUUGCGCUUUUAUGACUGAACGUUCAUAGAUUUAAACGACUGCGACUGUUUCGUUAGGAGCAAGAGAACCAAAGUCAUAUAUAAAAAAAUGAAAUUGACAGGCUGAAGAAUUUUUUUAAAAAAAGGACGAUAAAUGUGUUAUAAUUACUUUGAUCCUGGUCAAGAAAGUAGCCGAGCUAGAAUGUUUCACCGUUGUCGCGCAGCAGACCUCGUCGCGCGCGCUGCCAUUUGUUCCUCCCAUUCAACACGAAAAGCAAUCAUUUUUCAUAUCAAACUUUUUUCUUGCUACAAUAUGCCAGGCUGGGUAAUUGUUUCUGCCUAAUGUUUAUGUAUUGUAGGAAGCGAGUGUGCUCAGGAGGUAGAGGCGAGGCCAGAUUGAUGAUCGGCGCUCGGAAAGAGAGAGGGACGCUCUGGAGAAAAGAGAGACGGGGAAAGAGGGAGGUUUUUAGGGGGGAAAUAAUUUGCGGGCGAUGAGGAGAGCAGAAGAGAGAGGAAUUAUGGUAAUGUGGAGAGAGUUCCCCCCGAACGCACACACACACACACACACACACACACAUUUACACACACUUCUCAUUUCAUGCAUAAUCCCCUGCUCCCCCUGUAACCUGUGGUUGUAAAUAAUAAUAGCUGAUAACCUGCGCAGAAUAGAGGCGAGCUGCUGAGCAAAGUAAUCUGCUGCCUGCGAGAUGGAGCAAACUUUACCUCCGCUUUCCUGUGGGGAGACCGAGAAGGGGUGAGAGGAAUGAGAAGAGGUUGCUUGAGAGGGAAAGACAAGGGAGUGGAGGUAAUAUAGGAAAUAAGCUAAAGGAAGGUCUAAAGAAAAAGAAACUCAAGUUAAGUGAUCUGUGCCCGUUAUGAUUUUUUUAAUUUUUUUUUUUGUGACGUAUUUAACACAAGCUACUGUUAAAACCUCACUUACACGCUGAAGACCUUAAUUAAACUGUUAAAUAGACCCUCAGGUUGGUGUGUCUGACCCGGUCACCCCCUAUGGAUCGCUAAAUCCAGAACACAAUGUUUGAGUACCGCUCGCAAAGUAAUUACGCAAAUAUUUAAUUAAGUCGGACUCGUGCCGACCGGAGUGGAAAUAAGGCUGUGCGGGACUGAUGGAGAGAUACUGUGAGAGGAAGUCAGCAAACGAGACAGACUUCUGUGACUAUAUUUUAAGGGCUGGGAAAUCUAUGUUGCAAUAUUUUUUCUUAUGUGCGUGUCAUGUUUGUUGUGUUCAGAAGUUUGACUUUGGAUCAAAAGGAGAACGGAUGUAAAGAGAGUUAAGGGCUAAAAAAGUUGUGAAGCUUUUAACGUGGAAAAAGUGAAAAGUACAUGGCCGCUGUAGAUGUGGACAGUGAAGCGAUGUGUCAAUUGCACAAUUGCGUAUAAUUAAAGGGGCACUCGCCUAUUUUACAUGUAGAGUUCGGUUUACCCAAGCCACUCAAAGUUGCUGUAAAAGGACUUUCUGUGGCUUCAGAGAGAGCGUUCUAAAGCUGCGUUCAAACAAGAAAGUGAAGCAAAUUAUCACCUCACGUUAUUUGCUUAAAUCCCAGACCUGGACUGUACAGCCAUUACCUAGCAACUGACCAUGUGGUAAUUCAUGCCUGUUCUCAGAACCUGCCUGGAACUAUUUAGGGAGUGACAUUAGAUUUAAAUAUGCAAGGUAAGCUUAAGUUCCGAUACCAGUAUUUCUGGUUCAGGUUCAACCGUUUGUAUAGCGUGAGCAAAUACACAAUACAUACAAUAAAUAAACACUCUUUGAAAAAAAUGUAAAGUAUUUGCCAAAUUGCUAACAUUUAGCUCACUAUGUUAGAGCGGCGAAGAAGAAUCGACUUCCAGCAAACCAGCCAUUUGAUUUGGGUGCAGGUCGAUGUUUUUGGCACUUUUGACACAGACUAUUUCCCCCGUAGCCUAACA